AAAUCAUAACGCGUUAUUAUUUGCUUUGUUGUAUGCAUAAUCAUUAAAUCUAGGUAUAUCACAGGAGGACUAGAUAUCAGAGUUCAGUUGGCCGUUGUUAUAUUUCAAUUCAGUACGCUUUCGUAAUCAGACAUCCUCGCGAAAACGAGAAAGAAAGCGGAAAGGAAUUUUAUCGUUCGCGGCAAUUGCAGGCAAGAAAUCAGCUGGCUCAAGUGUGAGUAUUGUUAAGAUCUAACUAAGAUAGGUAUUUUGUGACGUAUCACUGAUUCGCUUUGAUUUACUCGAGGAACUGCCGAGUCUAAAUUUCAGAUUUUAAGCCUGCUCGGUUUUUACCAUAACUAAUGAUACCUCAGUCAGACUUAUAUUCGUGGAUGUAAAAUUAAUUUGCGUGGCGCCGAGCUCAAAGUUCACUUCAAAGUUACCCGCUAUAUAUAGUUAGUGCUAACAGCACUAGGGCCAAAACCUCGUUAGGCAAAAGGUUAUGGAAAUUUGGAGGUAAGUUCUCUUUGAUAUUCCAUGCAUUCUUGGGGUCAUACGAAAUGAUAUAAAAUCACCUUCAAGAAAACGAAACUUCUAUUGUUUACGAUGCUAAAGACUUGCCGCUUUAGCAUCCUUAUAAAAUACUUGCAUAAACAAAAUCAAUAUCUUCAAUAUAACAUCAGUAACAGUAGAUCGAAAUAAUUCAAGUUAAGUCUCCUUUUUUCCUUCUCUUUAUGGUUGUUUUGACAUUCUCGGCUUUCUUUUAUUUCUGUCUAAAAUGACCGACACUUGGAGUGCCAGCAAUCCCUGGAGGAUUGCCGCCCGGGCGACCAUAGUCUCUUCUCUGCUCGUUCGUUCCCUUCAGUCUCGCGCGGACAGCUUACUCGCCCCUGUAGAUUGACUCAAAAGGGGCUGCUAUUUAUCCAUUAUGAACGGUUGUGACUGAAAUGGAUACCCCAAAAUCAGGCUGUCUAGGUGAAAGAAGUGUUAUACCUUGAAGUAAUGAAAGAAGGAGGAAAACAGACUGAACUCGUAUGUGAGACCGGAACCCGCGUCAUUUCAUUAAAAUCCUUAUCCAUAUCCACUACACCAUCAAGAGCUAACUGCCGACACCAGGAACUGUUGAUGUACUUUACGAUUUCAUGGCAUUGCUCAUUACAUUUUUUUAUUGUUAACCUAACCGUUCAAGAGGGCUUAGCCCUAAUCACUUUACUUCGGUACUAAACUCUAUUCUCAACUCUUUUCUUUACACAACUGGCUCUCUCUGAUAUUCCCACUUUUCCUCCGGCAAUAAAUUCAAAAAAAUGCUUCUUUACGAGUAUCAUAAAGUUGUGUAAAACAUGGUGUCCACCUGUGAAAACUCCUUUAUGUGAAACAGGCCCUCAAAUCAGGGUUUGGAAGAUUAUGACAAGGGUAAAACUUCAAAAUUAAAUCAGUCCACAAUUGGCCACAUGUUUCCUGAGCUACCUAAUUUAACUUCCCCUAGAAAUUUUCGUAUAUAAGAUGUGUUCAGAAACUCUAAAGCUGGUCAUUAGUAACAAACGGGACUUCAAAUCAAUCGCUCGCUAUAGCAGUUGGUUAGUUAUUAUUAAUAAUAAUUAUUUAUAUUUUCAUGCGAAAAUACUGAAUUAACUAGAAAAAAAUAAAGGAAUUCAUAGGCCAAAGUAGCCAAAAACAGAAGGAUGUUUCUUUCCCGCUCAGCUUCAUGGCAACAAAAAACAACAACAAAAGCUUUAUUUGCAUGAUCAUAAAGAUGUUACAGUAUUGUAAAAGCUACAAGUGUGAAUUUAAUUCCUAAGUCAAACAUUACACAUCUAUUCAUUCAUUUAUCCUGGUCAAUAGCGAUACUCACGCUGACGUUACCUAUUGAUAUUAAAUAAAUGUGUCAACUAGAAGCACAUUGGUUCAUGAAACAAAAGAUCACCGGCUUUUGAUUCACUCAUUUGUCAUAACAAAAACAGUGUCUGUAAACAAUGAUGUCUCCCAUAAUGUGGAGAGAGCUAGCCCGCUUGCUUGCGCUUUUUUCUGCUCUUGUUUGACCCGCCGAAAAAAGGGCUCAACCUCGGUGUAAGAACCUGUUAAACUAACGGGUGACGUAAACGAAGAAAACAAAGAAGUAAACACAAUAGAACCCAGAAAAACAAAAGGUGCAACACAAAGAAAAUGUUCACAGGUUCUUACACCGAGGUAAACCCGAAAAAAGCGUCUGCUCCCGCAGGCUAAGUGAGAGUAGGAAGGGACAGUAUAAAGGGGGUUGGUGGUAAGGGUGGGGGAAACAGGCUUUCUAUUCCCAAUUUUUCCGGAUUCCGGAAUUGGGAUUCCCUCAAAUGGGGCGAGUUGGAUAACGGUUUGCUCAACGGAUGUACCGUACGUGGUUCCGCCUUCGGUUUUUGUACAGGUGGUGAUAAUAAAUGGUUCACUGAUCCUGCGUUUAGGUUUUGUAAUGUUAGUCAGAUUGUCUGAUCAGUCUUCAGGCACAACUUGAGAACGGCUUUGUCUUAAGUUUAAAGAGCUUUCACGAACGUGAUAAUGGUGGAUUUAACUUGCCUGGUUGCAAACUUGAUUGCUAAUCUUAAGGUACGAAUCUUAGUGGACGGUGGCAAAAUUUGUUUUGCAUGACAAGUAAAUUUAAAUUCUGUGUGCCACCCCGCCAUUGUGAAUUUUAGAAUAUUUUAAUAUUACAAAAUAAAUGUAUCGUCAUCUAAUUACAAUAUGCAGUCUUCCCACGGUCAGAUUCCUUCACGCUGCAAAGGUUACCAAAACAAUAUCUUGAUAAAUACUGAGUUUGCAUAAGUUGUCAUUUCGACGACGAAAGCUAACGGAUCGAUCCUAACGGCAAGGUAAGGAAAGGUUUGAAUAUUGUUGUUUCUGUUUUAGCAUGUUCUACUUACUAAAUACGUCCAAUAUUACAGUGGAUUUCUAUAAAAUUAGAACUCAUGAACCCAUACAAUGGAACUUAUUGGAAACCACAAAGAGUUGUUUUAAGUUUUUAAGACCUGUUUGUACAAUUACAGUUGACAUUUUAAAGUUUUCCUUGCACUCCACUUGCAUGCAUGGUCAUGCAUUUGCUUUACUUUGAGCAAGUACUGACUGAGUAAUAAUAGCACAAUCAUAAUCCGUAGUGGUGGACUUCAACAUCAUAAUAAGGAACCAUUGUUAAUCACGUUUUGUCCGCCCAUCAAUGUCUGCAUCUUGAUAGAUUUACUAUGAACUCGAAGCGAUUUGUUAUCUUUUGGUGUGAAUUUAAGGCAAACUUUUGAAACGUAGGAUUUGCCUACAGGUGAGUUAAAUGCUAGCUAUGGUUGCAGUUUUAGGCCCCAAACUUUAAUUAAAGUGAAUAUAGAUCUCAAGAAAAGAUUCCCCUACUUCGCGAGCCCACAAAGAGAAAUAAAGAGUGCAUUCCAGAAAGAACUUGAUUAAGACAAUGUUGUUGACUUUAACUCCAUCGUGACGCGAAUUUUUAUACUUUUCUUAAAGUCUUUAAGGUACUGGUGAAUUCUUACACUAACUUUAUUGGAUCGUUGUACUUGAAUUAAACUUCUUUUUCAACUUUGUAACGGUAUUUCUCCUCUGUAUGCUAAAUAAAUAUGUUUAAGUUAAAGGUAAGUCAGUAAAGCCGCAAUUAAGCUACGAUUGACUUAAUCUAAAUUCAGUUUGAUUUUCAAAGCAAUGUCAGGGCCUAAUUUUCGUAAUUUUCUUAACAAAUUAUGACUAACACCGGCAUAGCUUAUAACAAUAUCAAAUUUUUGGCUCUUUGUUUUAUUUUUUUUAGGUUGUAAAUUUAACAAGCGUUUAAGGUAGUUGUGACUGAAAAUUCUGGUCGACUGCCUGAUAAUCUAAGAUUAAGAAACAUCUUUGUUUAUCACCUCGGGGAACUGGCUAAUCAAUUAUUAUAUUCAAAUAUAUUGCACUGUUAUUGUGGUUUCGCCAGGAGGUCAAGAAAGGUGUCACAGUUCCAACAUAUUGUUAAAAAGACAAACAAGUUCAUCACCAGUUAAACAACGACACUGAAGUCUUUGGAGUUAAGAUAUCUGGACCCAAAGUCGGCGAUUUUUGGGUAUACUGCUUUAAAACCGUAAAGCAUAUAAACAACUUACAAUAAUGGUUAAGUUCGGUUUUUAAAAUACUCUUCAACUCUACCUAAAAUAAAGCUUUGGUAAAACGGACAAAAAAAACGUGCAACCUGUCAUGUUUAGCAACAUCGUGUAACAUGUUUUGCAACAUUGCUUCAAAACGAGUUGAAAAGCGAUGUUUUGCGUUUUACCGCCAACGAAUAAACCUGUCUUGUAACAAAUCAGGUUGUUGAAGGUUAAGAAAAGUUGUUGCUGAUAUUAAAGUAGUCUACUUUUAACACCACUUUUCGCAACCCACAACAAACUGCUUUGUGCAAGACAGGUUGAUUUGUGGGGGUAACGCUCGACAUCGCCUUCCAACUCGUUUUGCAGUAAUGUUGCAAAGCAAGUUGCACGUUUUUGUCGCCCGUUUUAGCGUCCUUUAAAACUACUGUGCGUGUACAUGUGUAUGGGUUUCGAUAACUGGUCGUAACUGGUAAGAACGUACGUAAACUUAACCGUCUUUAGGAUUUUUACGGCGAGGAAAAACAACCAACCUAAAUUAACCUAAAGUUCAUUGGCUUGCCGCGAGUACUAAAAUAAACAUGUAAGCCAAUCAAAAACCUAGUGGGAAAAAACAAAACAGGCUUUUAAAUAAUGGGCCUAUCCUUUCAUAGUAUUAUAUUUGUACGGCUUAUCAACGAAAUUCCUAAAAAGACAGUUGCAAGGAUUAUUACUCUUCAGUUUUUUGAUGUCUACAUCUUAAUCAGUUUUUAGCGCUCUUCCGAUGGGUCAGUUGCAAACAAACCAGAGCAGGGUACAUGCCUCACACAGGUAGUACGAUACAUUUGCAUUAUAUUGUCAGUUAAAGCAGGUUUUAAUCUUGAAUUCAUCAUUCCAGUUUUGUAGGACUUAAAAACGAUGGGGAUUAUGUCUAUGGCUUUCGUUCUGCUGCUUUGUGCUCCACCCUUAAUAUCAGGUAUGUCAGUGCAUUGUUGGAUUGUCACUGUUUGCUCAUAAUUACACGUGCGUGAGAUACUUAGGACAGUCUUGUUUUUCAGUUUCCCGCAUGGUCACAGUAAUGAAUAUUCGGAUAAUUUACGAUACAGUAGGAUAAUUGUCAUACAGUAAAGCACCGUCUAUCUGAUAAUAAACUUGUUUUCGACCUAACAAUCCCUUGGAAAAAAAAGAAAAAACAACGCAAUGUAGCGCUUUGAGUACCGCGGGGGACUCCGCAUAUGAAAGGGGGGAGGGGGACGCUCGUCGUCUCGCUUAGGGGUGUAAAUUUCGCAUUUUGGUCUCACUUAGGGUGUUUUGGGCAAAACGCCAUCAUAUUUAGCCGUGCAGGUCUCGUUUAGGGUUGCACGCGAAAAAAUAUAAAAAUAUAUAUUUGAUAUGUAUAUUUUAAACUAGUUUUAUUUUCUCCAUUCAUAAUCCAAGUUUUCUCAUUUGUCUGUGUUUUAACAUGAUCUCUUUUAGGGGUCAAAAAAAGCUUGGGCCACGACCGGAUCGGUCUCCUUUAGGAGUUUAAUUCAAAAUUUCCGACGAGCACUCCCACCCCUUUCAUAUGCGGAUCGGAGUUCCCUCCCCCACCCCCGCCCGGGCUUUGAGUAUGACUAGUAAAGGGAUACACAAGAGGACUUGAAAAUCAACAGCUCAGACGCUAGGUCGCCUUUGAACACCCUGUUUUAACCAAAUAAAGCAUACGGUAUACGCCAUACCGUAAUUGGUUCUUAAAAUGGUAGGGGAACGGGGGCAGAGUUAAUCUCUUUUGAAGGAGCACUUGUCCUAGAAUUCUCAGUAAAACCUGAAUUUUCUUUCCUCAUUUUAGGACAAUCUAAGCCGCUACCUUCCGUGUACAUCCAAAUGGAUUUCAAAUUCACCUGGAAAGAGUUUUGUCUCUUGGAAACAUACUUCAAGACCAAAAUCUCCGAAUUGAUUGUUCAGAAGAACGGCGAUCUUAUAACACUGUCGCAAGUGCAUCUCAACAAUUUUGACGAAAACUGCCCUGCGGCAAGGAACAACACAGAGAAGGCAUCCUUGCUGUUUUAUAUCAUAAAAUCGGGAGGAACCUACCAAGAUGUGGAUAAGGAACUCACCAGACACACGUUCGAGGUUCUCUAUUACUUGGUAGAAAAUAAACUUGGACGACUAAUUGGGCCAUUGUUUGAACUGAAGGUAUGUUUACGCUGUUAAGACUUGGAUAUUUGUUGCUCACAGACAGACAAAUCAAUCAAUCAAUCAUUCAAUUAAAAUAAUAAAGAUUUAGAGAGAAAGAACAUCAACUUUUUGAUAACAGGUGAAAUCCCUUUUCAGGUUUAAGCAGUAUUCAAGUCAGUUUGAUUCGGAUUUUCCUCUGUUUCCUAGCCCUAAUAAUUCAUAGGAGACAAGAAAACUCUGGUUUAACCUAUUCUUGAUCCAACUGAGAUUUGAAAACGUUGCCGGUUUGCGAAGUAAGUAAAAAAGCAGAGUAUCCAGUGACCCCUCUCCGAGCACGGACCACAACUAACUACAAAUGUAACCCAUUUUUGGCAUUGACGUCAGGCCACACAGUGGUGGGGAGUAAGUAUACUCACCCUUUAGUAUUUGCCACUAUCGAGCCAUCUUGACCGAAGAGGCUUGGCUAAUAAAGGAUUUAUGCAGGAAUUGCAUUAUCCAAUGAUUCAGUUUUUAAUAACAAAUAUACAUAGCUAUUUGCGCCGCAAAAGGGUAUGGUUUCGACUCCUUUUGGUCUGAAAUUUUUGGUAUAGUUUUCCUGUGUUGUGGAUCAGUGGGUGCGACACUAAAUGACUUAAUAAAAAAAGGCACAAACCAAUCAGGCCCACAGCACGACAAGAACACCUACUCAGCUACACAGUGUCCUCAAUAUCAAGAAAUACACAGCCUUUUGGAUCUGAAACAAAGUAAGGUUUUCUGCUUUCUGGAAGCAGGGUCUGGAAUUUUUUUUUUUCUUCUUUCUUUCUCUCCCUUUUCUUGCAAUCACUCGUCUUUUUAAGAACACCGGUUCAAGCCUGAGAAAUGACGUUUUCUACAAGGCCUCUGGAAUAUCGGCAUGCGGCAAAAGCGCUGUGCGUUUGUAGACCGCAAUAGACAUAUCAAUUCUCCCAGUACCUGACAAAACAGCAAUAAGUUCAACCGAUAUACAGUCGACUCUCUCUUAACGAACACCUCUAUAAGACGGACACCUCUGCGUAACGGACACCUACAGUAGAGUUGGUCCCUGCCUUUCGUUAUUCCCUUUAUUUGACUCGCUAUAAAGCAGACAUCUCUCUAAGACGGACACUUACUACCGGCCCCAGAGGUAUGUCCGACUUAGCGAGAGUUCACUGUAUCUUUUAAAAUUUCCUAUUACUUUGUAGAUCGACAGAGUGAAAGCAAAAGGCGCUGACGCUCCCCCAAUGCCUACAGGUUUCACAGAAAUGGAGAGAACGUAUAUCGCUCUUGGAAUAGCAGUUGGCAUCUUAGCCAUCUUCAUAUGUGUCCUCGUUAUAGUGGUAAGUCACCAAUAUAAUAUUUUUAUUGUUCAGUUUUUAAGGGGCUACUGGAGGAUAUUGCUGUUUUUAGUCAUUACUUACAGCCUUUACCCUCGCACAAAAUGCAUAAUUAAGAAAUGAAAAACUACCACGUACCAGACAUCCUUUCUCAUUAGAAGUAGUAGAAUUUGGAAUUGUCUAGCGGAUGAAGUAGAUUUGAGUUCAUCGACCUUAGCUUCCUCUAAAUCGGGUUUUUUUAAUUAUUAUAAGUCCGCGUAAGCUGUUUCCUAUGAUUGUGAGUCUCCCUGUUUGAAAUGUAAUAGUGCUUGUCCCUUGUCUCGUCCAAUAACUUGUUGUAUGUAGCUGUAGUUUUUCUCUUAUCCCUGUGUCUUUUAAUAUUUGUUUUUUUUUAAAUUAGUAUCCGGGCCCGCUGUAAUUGGCCACAGCUAUUGCGGUGUCCCCUGCCAAUGUUCUUUCUGUUUGUUUGUUUUUUUGGCGAAGCUAAUAAAACAAAAAACAAAAACAAAAAACAAAACAAAACGCUCCUGAGGAGUCAUAGAUGUGUCUUUCUAAAAUAAUUCAGUUUACAAUACUCAUUAUAAAAUCUACCAACUAAAUUUACUUUUUGUCUAUUUUCCAUUAUUCAGUAUUACACCAAGCAGCAUAUAAACCGAAAGAGAAACCCCCCGAAACACACCACUGGAGAAGAAAAUAAAGGACUAGAAGUCAUUCAAUCCCAACCUCAGAAUGCCAACAAACCUUAUCCCGUUAAUGAGGAAGCGGUAAGUUGGCGACUUGCAUAUAUCGCGCGUUGUUUCAGUUAAGUACCCGGGGGAGGGUAGGGGUACUCCCUUAUAUGGCCUAUACGGGGAUGUGCCGCUGGACAGGGUUUGGUUUUCGUCCUCUGCUCUGUCCUAAACAGGGUUAUAAUUUUGCACGAGUCUUUUCUAAACAGGGAAUGUGUUUGUACCUUCAAGAAGCAAUGACUGUAACAUGAUUUUCUCAAUCGCCAUUGCCAAUAAAUAGCUUUAAACAGAAAGGUGAAGGGCUCCUGCUUUAAAGCGAUACGGCGCGCACUUUGUCCUUUCUCCUAAACAGGAUAAUAAAAUUGAGGGAAUUGUCUUAAACAGGGUACUAAAAUUGAGGGUGUUGUCCUAAACAAGGUAUGUUUUUUAGGAAGCGGCUCACCUAUACCCAAAUAUUGGUCGAGUACCCUUCCCCCGGGUUAAGUGUACGAGGUCCCAAUGGGGUGGUAGCUUUGACGGUUAAUUUUUUUUAAUUUAGACGGCUGAGGGUCAAAUUAUAAAGCUUUGGACCGCUGACGGUUGACGGUUAUUAAGGAGAAAUUUGUUCCAAGAGUAAAUAUUAUUUUCUGUGCAAAUUAAUAUUAACCUUUGCGUCUCGGAGGUUGUCUUGGUCUUUCGUUUUUCAAAUUUCGAAAUAUUUUCAGAUACAGUGAAACUUCCAUUAAGCGGACCCCCAAUUAAGCGUGCACCCUCCAUUGUAUAAGCAAGUCGCAAGGUCUUGUAAUGUCUAGAGAGGGUGUGUUUUGAGAAUGUGGGAACUAAGCUUUACACUUAAGAGAUUCUUUUUAGCCAGAAUCCCGUGAAGAUAACCUGAAAUAGUUAAAUUUGAGAUACCUUAAAACUUUUUGACGGUUAAUCAAAUCUGCAUUUUUGGCGGUUGACAGUAAAACAUAACCUUUUUUUGACGGUUGACGGUUAAAAUCUUAGACCGUUUGACCUAUGACUGAGGCCCUCUUAAAAAGGUGCGCUCCCCAGAAAGGGUAUAACGAGCCGCAUGCCAUUCAUAUCCGGAAAAGUGAUAAGCUGACUUACAUUUUAUAAUUAUUAUUUGGCUGGUUCCGUGAGAGGGCAAGAUGAAUCUGGUCGUCAAAAUAUAACAAAGUUCUCUAAAGUUUAAGGAGAGGAGGAGACGUAUGUCAUCGGGGGCACCCAACGUCAAUUUUCGGAAGAUACCUGUUCGGAAGACGAUUUGCGAUCUAGAAUUUUCGGAACAUUUGCCGGUAAAAUUUCUUGCUUGUCUGGCUCUCCUAGGAACUUGUAAAAAAUGGUAUAAUUGCCCAUUUUUAACGGAUUUUUACCCUAAAAAGGUCACCAAAAAUUUUCGGGAGCCUUUUUUCUGGUUGAAAUUUUCGAAAAGGUAAGUUUUGAUCCCUAUAAUUUUCGGGUCACUAGACUUUCAGCUAGGAAAUCCGAACAGAUGAAAAAGUUUUAGGGGAUAAAAAUAUGCCUAUAUCUACCGUUUAAAAUACUAAAAUACUUUUAAAAACGCUAUGUUUAAGUGGUUUGAACUAUAUUCUCGUUGGGUGCCCCUGUGUCAUGUCUGAGUUAUAAACAAACAUGCUCACCUUUCGCGUAGUCCCUGCCGUUUGAACAUCUUCGAGAAGCACUACUUAGUGAUGGGAGCUAAUAAGGGUGACUGCUGUAUAAAUGGAGCAGAUGACCGGGGUAAGACCUCGAGAUACCUCGCUGUAGUCUAUCGUUUUCUUGCUUCGUUUUUCGUUUUUAACAAUUAUUCCUCGAGCCCGAAUGGGCUCUGAGUCAAUAGCCCAUGAGGCCGAAGGCCGACUGGGCUAUUGACUCAGAGGCCAUGAGGGCGAGAGGAAUAACUGUUUGAGUAAAAUACAACUAGUUGGUCAAAAAUAUCGAGACAAAACAACUUAAAGCAAGACUUUAAUCCUUUUUUGCCGCCAAAAAUCCGGCGCUUUUCGCUUCUAGUGGGCUGUAACACAUAGCCCAGUAGUUUCUCAACCAAUCAGACCGCAGCAUUGAUAAUAGACCACUAGUUGGAUUUUACUAAUAUGUUUUAGCUGGGGGAAAGCAAAAGAAAACAAAACAAAAAAUCAAUAGGUCCCUAACCUGGUUCCGAAGGUUCGUAUAGCGCCCACCUUUCGCAGUUUCGCUGCUCACAUCCUCCACUUCCCCGGGAACCAUAAGAAAAACAAAAGAAACCCAAGGCAAUAGAUCCCUGACCCUACCCCCGAAUCUGCGUUUUACUGACAGUCCCGACGCCCUUUAAACUAGCUACAUAAGUAAUCAAUUAUUUUUAUAUUUUUAUUAUUAUUUUUUCACAGGCACCAAGUGCCGCCGAAACAAAGUUCUAAUGUCACACGGCUACAGCAAGCUGUUGCUCAGUUCUCAGUUGCUCUGGUUUGUUGCCACAGCAACAAUAAACUCCAGUGCAUUUGGAAUAAGUGUAGUUUACCACAAUCUGAAUAUUUGGAACCUACUUUAGUUAUCACAUAGGACGAAUGUAUCCGCUGGUAAAGUGUUAGGAGGCAGCAAAUCCAUUGUAAGACCUCCUUUAAAAUUUUCUCCAUUGUGUUUUUUGAAUUCCAGACUUAAUAUUCUUUUUCGGUAGAAUGGAACUUGACAAUAUUCUGUUAUUUCACUCUGUCAACAACAACAACAGCAGCAGCAACAACAACAACGAUAACAAGCUCCAGAGGGUUAUUAAAUG